CCUUGUUGUUGCUGAGAGCUGCUGGAGGUUGAGCUGCUCUGCUUUCUGAGCGAGGGGGCUUUCCUCCACACUUCAGGACACAUGCGCUGGCCAGCGGCAGCCUGCAGCUCCAGGACCGGACCGAGGCUUCCAGCAUGGAGGAGACUUCUGCAGUCAAGCCAUCUGUAGCUGAACUGACUGGAAGGUUCAAAGGUCAUGCACUGCCAAUGCCAAUGCCAGUUUUUGAGGAGAGAAAACCUUUUAGAAAUAGUCCUCCAUGCUCUCUGAAGAUACAGAACCAGACAGAUGGAGAGAGCGAGCAUGAGAAACCAACUGUGCCUUCGAAACCCAAGCUGAAAAGUUCUCCUUUAAUCGAGAAACUGCAGGCCAACCUUGCCCUGACACCCACACCACUGCUAAACUCACCCAAAUCCUCAGAGGGGAAGUCUACUCCUCUCUGCCUCAUCAGCCCCUGUGGUCCCCCAAGCCACACGCUGCGGCCCCCACAGCCCCACAGUGAGGAUGAGGUGCCUGUCAGCUUCGAGCAGCCAGCUGAGGGCACCCCCCUGCCCAGCAUCAAUAAGAGUCGGGUCCGGUUGUCAUUCAAGCGGAGGCCGCCCACUCGCCAGCACAGGCAGUCAGCAUGCGAGGAGGCGGUUUCAGACGCUCAAGAUGGUAGCACCUCUCCGUGUGCUUCACACAGUCCUGAAAAGAACGGGGAGGUGUUCAGUGCAGCUCAGGAGGAGACAGAGGAGGACUUGGAGGACUCUGCAAAUCCCGUCACUGACCCAAACACAGAGCAACAGCAAGGACAAAGUGAAGAUGAAAGCCAGGACAUUGAGGGGAAUAAAGUUACCCAGGAGGAGGCGGAAGGAGAGGUAGCUGAAGCAGAAAGCUCAGAAAUACCUCAGGUUACUGACCCUAUGGAGAUCCUAGUAGAGGAAAAGCCAGAUGAAGAACAAAGCCCAGAGGAGAUGGAGGGAGUAGAAGAAGAGGUUAAACUGCUCCCCACAGAGGAGAACAGGGAGCAAAAGGAACAACUUGUCUGAAGACUGAAAUCGAAAUUUAAUAGCUGGAAAUAUUGAACACACCAAUAAACAACUGAACAACACACCAAAGGAUACAAAGAAGACACUGAAAUUAAAUAUUGAAAUAUGUUUUGUUGUUCUGUUGAUGAUGAUGGACUUUAUGGAUUUAUGCUCUGAUUAAGCUGUUGUGUACAAGGUUAGAUUAUCAAAACCAACAUCAAUAACAUUCCCUUUAAAACAUAGAUCCUGUCACCACCACCUCAGCUGUUUACAUGCCUUGGAUGAAUGACGAUGAAUUUAGACAAUGACCUAAAAAUACUGAAAUAUUUUUACAAUAUGAUCAGAAACUUAGAUAUGAUAAGAAGAUCUUUGAACUUUUCUAUGCAUCUGUGCUCCUUUGUUCUUUAUUCACAAUCACUGACAUUAGUAUAGGGCUACUAAUGAACUUCUUGAACUGUUUUUAAACUUUGCUCUUUUUCUUUCUGAUCUUGCAAAGCUUGCAAAGGAACAUUUUUUUUAUUAAUAUGCCAAGUGAAUGCAGACAGGGCAGUUACCUAGACCAAUAGACCUCAGUUGCUAUGCAAAGUAAAAACCAGAGCUAAUUUUAUUGGGGCAUCUACAGUAAGGUGGAUCAUUGUGUUCACAUAUUAAUGAUUAAGCUAUAUUGCUACUGAGCUACACGUGUUGAUUUGCUGUACAAAACUGAUUAAAAAGCUCAAUUUUAUAUUUUAAA